AAGGAGGAGAUUCUCUGAGGGGGAAAAGUCAUGUAUCCGCGAUUUCUAGACCGCAACUAUCCGCUGGCGAAGCAUCUGUUCUUCGUGACCAGAUACUCCUUUGGUCUUUUGGGCCUGGUAUUUGGCCAGAAGCAAUCGUGGCUCCAACUCUCUUGGCUGCUGUUCAAUUUCGUGAAUCUGGCGCACUGCUGCCAGGCGGAGUUCCUCUUUGGCUGGAUCCACUUGCGCACCAGUCCCGUGGACGCCAUGGAUGCCUUUUGUCCAUUGGCCUGCAGUUUCACCACGCUCUUUAAAUUGGGUUGGAUGUGGUGGCGUCGCCAGGAGGUCACUGAUCUGAUGGAACGCAUCCGGUUGCUUAUUAAGGACCAGGAGAAUCGGGGAGAUUCCCGCAGAGACUCGGCGCAGAGGAGCUACUAUGAGAUGGUGACCAGGUGCGGAAUGCUGGUCUUCACCAUGGGCAGCAUCACCACCGGUGCCUUCGUCCUGCGAUCCUUUUGGGAGAUGUGGGUGCGUCGCCAUCAAGAGUUCAAAUUCGACAUGCCCUUUCGCAUGCUGUUCCCUGAGUUUGCUCAUCGAAUGCCCUGGUUCCCAUUUUUUUAUAUCUACUCCACUUGGAGUGGUCAGAUCACGGUGUAUGCCUUUGCUGGAACUGAUGGUUUCUUCUUCGGUUUCACCCUCUACAUUGCCUAUUUGCUCAUGGCCUUAAGAUACGAUGUUCAGGAUGCACUCAAGCCAGUGAAAGAACCUUCAGUUAGAGAAUGCAAUAUCUGCUGUCAACGCUUGGCGGAUAUUGUGGAUCGUCACAACGAAAUAGAGAAGAUUGUCCAGGUGUUCUCUGGAAUAAUGGCAGCGCCCACUUUUGUCCACUUUGUAUCGGCCAGCUUAGUGAUAGCCACCAGCGUGAUUGAUAUACUAUUGUAUUCCGGCUACAAUAUCAUCCGGUAUGUGGUUUAUACAUGCACUGUUUCCUCGGCUAUAUUUCUUUACUGCUAUGGUGGAACUGAAAUGUCCACUGAGAGCCUUGCUUUGGGGGAAGCCGCCUACAGUAGCGCCUGGUAUAAUUGGGAUCGGGAAACUCGAAGGCGGGUUUUUCUCAUCAUCCUGCGAGCUCAACGACCCAUUACAGUGAGGGUUCCCUUUUUGGCACCUUCAUUACCACUUUUUACCUCGGUCAUCAAGUUUACUGGUUCCAUUGUGGCUCUGGCCAAAACUAUAUUGUGA